GGGCCCUGCGCAGCGCGUACGGCGCCGGUAGGCCGCCGCGUUCCGUUCUUCCCCGGACCGGGUCUGUGGGGGCUUGAGCUGAGCUGAGCUGAGCUGAGGAGAGGCGGGCAGCGGCGGCACAACCGGCGGGGCGAGCGUGGGGGCCGCCCACCGACCCCCGCCGCGCUCCAGGGAUCCGGGAGCGGCGGGCGGCCGUCGGGGAUGUCCUACAAGCCCAUCGCUCCCGCCCCCGCUACCCCCGGAGCCGCCAGUGCCAGCCCCGCCCCACCGGGGCCCGGGGCACCGUCCGCCGCCACGAGCGUCCCGUCGCCCUCCGGCUCCGUCCCCGGCGCCGCCGCCCCUUUCCGGCCCCUCUUCAAUGACUUCGGGCCGCCGUCCAUGGGCUACGUGCAGGCAAUGAAGCCCCCCGGGGCUCAGGGCUCGCAGAGCACCUACACCGACCUGCUCUCCGUCAUCGAGGAGAUGGGGAAGGAGAUCCGGCCCACCUAUGCCGGCAGCAAGAGUGCCAUGGAGCGGCUGAAGCGGGGCAUCAUCCACGCCCGGGCGCUGGUCAGGGAGUGCCUGGCAGAGACAGAGCGAAACGCCCGCACGUAACAGCUGCUGUCACCCGGGACCACCCCCCCGGGACCCCCCGGUGUCCCUGCCCCGCUGGCGGCGGGGGGGCUGCCGUGCUGCCCGCGCCCCCCCCGUGCUCUCCGCUCUCUUUAUAAAUGCGUGUUUUUAUAAAUAAAGGACGUGGUUGGGACUCUG